AUGGCCGCCAUCGACGUCGCUGUUGAAACCACGAUGGGCACAUUCACCCUAGAACUCUACACCACGCACGCCCCCAAAACCUGCAAAAACUUCGCCACCCUCGCCGACCGGGGCUACUUCGACGCGACCGUUUUCCACCGAAUAAUCAAAGAUUUCAUGAUCCAAGGCGGCGACCCUACCGGUACGGGUCGUGGCGGCAGUUCCAUCUACGGCGAGAAGUUUGAGGAUGAGAUCCACCCCGGUCUGAAACAUACCGGCGCUGGUGUGCUGAGCAUGGCGAAUGCGGGGCCGAAUACCAACGGGAGCCAGUUCUUCAUUACGCUGGCGCCGACACCUUGGUUGGAUGGGAAGCACACGAUUUUUGGACGCGUGAAGAAGGGGAUGGGCGUUAUUAGACGGAUGGGCAUGGUGCCAACUGAUAAGGAGGAUCGGCCGGCUACGGAAGUGAAGAUUGUGAAGGCGAGGGUUGUUAAGGAGGAGGAUAUGGAGGCUUGA